UUGCAAGUUAUUCCUGUUUAUACUACUUCAAAUCGCCAUGGAAUAUAGAGCAUACCUUAUGUUCAUCAUCAACGGAGCUUCCUAUCACAGUCCAAUCCAGAUUCUAGAUCCAAAAUGCAGGGGAUCGUGAGAGCAAUACGAUCGUGGCAAGAGACGUUGAAGAUCGCGAACUCGCAUCACUCGUGUAGGAGAGAAACGAAUCAAGUGGAAAAGAUUUUGGAAGGAUCAGAAUCAAGAGGUUCGUCUUCUCCACUGAAAGGUUUGGAGAAUAUUACCGUGGCGGAGAUCGUUUCGAGAAAUGGAGAUGGAAGUAUUGGCUCCUCGUGGUUUUCCUGCAGCGCGGAUGAUGCGGCCAUUGAUACCGUGCAAAAUGUAAUGGCUAGAAACAACGUUGGAUCGUUGGUGGUGUUGAAGCCUGAAGGACAACACAUCGCCGGAAUUGUAACGGAAGGAGACUAUCUGAAGAAGAUAAUAGCAGAUGGGAGAUGUCCCAUAUACACAAAAGUUGGGGAAAUAAUGACUUGUGAGGACAAACUAGUAACCGUAACGUCCGACACGAACAUCCUUAAAGCAAUGCAGCUUAUGACAGAGAAUCGCAUAAGACAUGUUCCUGUGAUAGAUGGCAAACUAGUUGGCAUCAUUUCUGUAGUAGAUGUUGUCAAAGCAGUGGUAAAGCAGCAAAAUGGGGAACUCGAGCGACUAAAUGAGUAUAUAAAAGGAGAAUCGUAUUAAAAAUCGAGUUCUAAAAAUUUAAGAACACAUGAUUCAGUACCUACUGUAACAGAAAGCAUGCUUUAUUGAGAGACAAGAACCUGAUAGUGAAUACCAUGUAAGCAAACAAGCAUAAAAUUUAAAAGAACCAGUUAUAAAAGCA